CAUAACUGCUUGGCAGUCAGUAUUUAUGCAGCGAGUCAAGCUUGUCCCACCGAUGUGGAUGUGACCUUUCUGGCUGUGGGUGAUGUGCCGGAGCCUGUGGAGUUUCUGUGGAAUUUUGGAGACUCCACAACUGUCAGAAGCACAACCAGGAACGUCACAAAAAGAUACAAGACUCCUGCAAGGUAUAACAUAACAGUGAUCAUGUCUGAUGGUGGCACCUCCCUCGCCUUUGGAGCGUUCCCCUUACUCGUGCAAAGACCAGUGAAGCUCAACAAGCUGGUCCACCGGGCGUCUGUUCUUCAGAACCACACCGCCACAGUAACAUGCAGAGUCACUGCCGGCACAGACGUCGCUUUCUCGUGGAGCUUUGGAGACGGAACAAGGAGGAUUGGACAAAGCACAGAAGGGCACAUUUUCCGAAGGACUGGAGAGUUCCAAUUAGAAGUGACCGUGUCCAACAGAGUCAGUUCUGCCUCCCUCAGGGGUGUCAUCUUCGUCGUAAAGCAACCAUGUCAGCCUCCACCUGUCAAAAACAUGGGGCCUCGCAAACUACAGGUGCGAAGACACGAAGUUGUCCGACUGGGAGUGACCUAUGAGGAUGAAGUUGACUGUGAGGAAUCGAAGGGCCUCCGAUACACAUGGACGUUAGUCGAUUCCGCAGGACACAUUUUGCCCCUUGCAGAUGCUCACAAACAGAGUCUGGUACUCCCGGGUCAUUUUUUACACUACGGCACCUAUACAGCCAUAGCCAGGGUCCAGGUUGUUGGCAGUGUGGUGUACAGUAACUACAGUGUGAGAGUUCAAGUGAUGCCCAGCACUCCUGUGGCCGCCAUUCAUGGCGGAACCAACAUCUUCAUUAACAGGAACGUCACCAUGGUAACACUGGAUGGGUGGAAAUCAUAUGAUCCUGACUUCCCCACGAAUCCAAUCAGCGUCAAGUGGAUGUGUGAACCAGUCAGCGCCAUGAAAAGUUCCUGCUUCGAUCAUGAUGUUGUUACUUCCUCAACUGUGCUCAGCUUUCCAGUGAGCUUCCUGAAAAACAAUUUUGACCAGUAUCGAUUCACACUCACCGUCCACAGCGGAGAGCGAUCAGCGUCAUCAGAGAUCUUUGUCACAUUAACGCCGAAUGUCAUUGGGAAGGUAACAGUAUCGUGUCUUCUGUGCGAAGGAGAUCAAGUCAACUUGGAUGAGUCUUUCUCAGUUAAAGCCUUGUGUGAAGACUGUGGGGUUGCCCCAAACCACAUCCAGUACACUUGGACUCUGUUCUUGGUCAAUGCGGCCUCUAAAUCUGCGGUAGAAGUCCCAUUUUGUUAUACAGUCGAUCUUGGCGCACCAUCCCCUAUAAUGCAGACUACCUCCUCGGACCCAGUAGGAUCAGGAGAGGAGCCCUCCAAUCAUCCCAGAGGGGAGCUCAGUCUUAUUAAGCCUUCAAACUCCUCCACGGAACAGUUACUGCUUGUUCUUGAUGAUGGUAGCAUCCAUUUGGAUGUUGGAAGUGAGUUUCCCAUUGAUUACGACUCCUCUGCUGACUGGGAGUUUCCCGCCAUUGAGAGUGCUGGACAAGAUUAUGAUGUUCCAUUCAAAAUGGCAGAGGAGGGAGACCCAGGAAUCUCAGCAGGGAGGCCCACAGGUAUGAACGGUGAGGCCUUAAAUGCAGGAGAUGACUCGUCGUCACAUGACCCUAAAGGGAGUAAUCUAAUGGACUACAGUUCAAGUCGGCAAACGAUUCGGGAGCCGACUUUGCUUGAUCUACCUCGAGACCCGGUGGAGGCGGGGUUGUUUGCAUCGUACACCUACACAGGACUUUCCUCCCCGUUGCUCAGCUUCAGACCUUUCAGUCUGAGAUCAGGGAGUAGAUACAUGCUGGAGGUUAUCGCUAAAUCUCAAAGUAGUAUUUUGGGUCGGACUCAACUAUUCUUGAGAACAAAGCCCAUUCCGAAAGGAAUGACAUGCCAGGUGCAACCAAGUAAAGGUCUGGAGUUGUACACACACUUCAGUAUCUUCUGCACUUCAGGGAGAGAGGACUUAGUGUACGAAUACAGCUUCAGUAUUGGAAGCAAACCUCCCAGGUUGUUAUACCAGGGGAGAAACUUCCAGUACUACUUCAACCUUCCUUCUGGACACCUCAGUGAUGACUACAAAGUAACUAUUUACACAAAAAUCAGAAGCAGCACAUACGGGUCCUCCACCAGAGUUUGCCCAGCAACUGUUCAAGUCCUUCCCAGCUUCUUCAGAGAUAUUUCCUCUGAUGAUCCUGAUGUGGAGCUGUCCCAGUCAGGUCUAAAGAACCUCUCAGCGUUGGUCCUUCUUGGGAACAAUGCAGAGAUACGUAACUAUGUCAGUCUCUUGUCGGGCAUUCUCAACAGAUUGAGCUCCGACAGCCAGACUGGCGAGCGAUGGCAGAGACGUAUGCGCAGUGUGCUUAUUUGCACUUUGUGCAAAUUGGAGAGCAAUGACCAGGACUCGAUGGUAGACAGCAUAUGCAUUCUCAGGGAUCUUUUACAAGUUACCAGGCAGGUAACAUUAGCGAGUGUCAGACAAGUGGCCGCACAUGUUGGGGCUAUCGCUCGGCAGCUCUCUCAUCCCAGUGCAACUAUAGGGUACCGACUGGAUGAGCACACACUCCGCACCUUGGUCACUCUGCUAGCUUACAGCCUGGAGGCUGCUGAUGUUGACGUUACACAUGAGUUGGAGUCGGAUCUUGAAGCUAUCAGAGACUCAUUCAGCGGUGAUGUCCAACCCAGAACCAGAGUAGAGCAGCAGGAGCAGAUUGUUGACAAUAUUUUGCAAACUGCUUCUGACCUGAUUCUGAAACACGUCGUGUUCAGCAAAAUCCAAGAGUACAGAAUCAGUGUUGGCGUCAUGUCUCUCUAUGUCACGCGCCAACACUCAUCAGUCAUGACCAGCGGCUCGGCUGUCUUUCACAUACCCGCACCCCUGCUCCAGUCCCUCAGAGGAGACUGUGUGCUCAGUCUUGUUGCUGAAUUCACACACUCCCCUUGGACCUGGGCCCACUAUCCUGGCAGGAUAAAAGGACCAGUUUUGGACUUGACUCUGUAUAAAUGCAGCACAAGGAGAAAGAUCUCUAUUCGAUCCCUCGUUCAUCCGAUCAUCACUGAACUGAAAACAACAAAAAACAAAGAUUCUGCAGGAGAGUUCAUCCUCCUGCGCAACCACAUCAACUAUCACAGCUUCAAUAUUACCCAGGAGUACUUGCAGCGGGCCAUCCAGCUGAGUGUUGUAUUCACGCUUCCACCCAACAGGACAUUCCCCAUCAUGCUGCUCUACAGGAUGUUUGCCAAGCCGACUCCCAGCAUGCAUCACCUGCGGAGCGUUCACCAGUGGGAGACUAACACCACACGCAUCACCCUGCCACCGUCCUACCUCAAUGCUCCAGGGGUUGGCUACUUGGCGCUAUUGGAUGUCGACUUUGCGAAACCAGUCAGACACAAGCACAUUAGCAGCCAUGUCAAGUACACUCUGGCAGUGGACGCCAGUCAGUGUUUGUCCUUGGACCAGCAAAAGCGAGCCUGGACCAGUCUCGGCUGCAGGACGCACCAAGCAGAUGGAACGGUCAGCUGUAGUUGUCACCACUUGAGGGCGCUGACAGUCACGCAACAGCUGAUCCAGAGCAGCCAUGACACAGCCCGCCUGGACCCAUUCAUCAGUGAGGCCUUUGAUGCAACUGUCCUGGUUGUGCUGGUGCUGUGUGUGUGUUUGUACGUACCAGCAUGGGUGCAAUGCCGGAGAGCUGACAUCACCUCCGAGCAGACUCGGAGAGUCCACUACCUAAGUGACAACACUCCAACGGACCCACACUUCUAUGCAGUUACAAUCCACACCGGCCUCGGUUCUGCACACAGGAUGAGUGCAAAGGUUUACAUAGUGCUAUACGGUGGAGAUGGCACCUCACAAACAAGAGAACUACACGUCCCAGGAUGCACUCUGUUUAGGAGGAACUCUCAAGAUACCUUUAUAAUCAGUGCAGCAGAGAGUCUAGGUCCUGUAUGGGGGGUCCACAUUUGGCAUGACAACUCAGGACCUUCACCACACUUCUACCUCAAACUGGUGGAAGUAUCUGAGGUGAGCCGAGCUGAUGGCAAAAAGCGAACAUGGGUCUUUAUCAGCCAGUGUUGGCUGUCAGUGAGCAACGGGGACGGUCAUGUGGAGAGAAUGCUACGCGUUUGUACUCAAUCAAUCGGCUUCACUCAGAUGUUAGUUCUGAAGCUGUGUGACUACAUGGCCGACUUCCACAUGUGGACGUCUCUGUAUAGCUGCCCUUGGCCUCACGCUUUCACACACACACAAAGACUGAGUGUGUGUCUGCUGCUCUUCACGUCGUACGCGUGUAUCAGUGCUCUGAUCACAUCACAAAUGGAUGAACCGUUGUAUUACACAACAGGCAUUACAUCUGUAUCGGCUGUUUCUGUGACAACUGGAGUAUUGGCUGUGGUGGUGGCAUUGCCAGUGGCAACGCUGAUAACGGUUCUAUUCCGUAAGGGGACGCUGUUGAUGGAGGAGGAAGGCACACAGCUUGAUUAUAAGUUUCAUGAAGAUGACACCGAAGCCUUCAAGAAGCAUCAGGAUGCAAAGCAGACGGCUACAAGGGACAUUAAAAACCAGAAAGAUCUUUCCAAAGACAACAAGGCAACAAUUAGAAAUAUUGGUGUCUUUCACAAUCGGAAAGGGAGGAAAGUGGCCUACGUGGCCUGGCUACUGUGUCUACUUUUGUCCCUUGUCUGUUUGCUGCUCUCUGCAGUGUUGGGACUCAGGUUCAGCACCAGCAAAGUACAACUUUGGAUCCAUUCCCUUUUUUUCUCCUUGUUGUCAUGCAUCUUCUUGAUCCAGCCCCUUGUGAUCAUUUCCAUUGCUUUGAUCGUCUCCCUUUGGAACAGAAAGAGAAGUACUGACUUUCUUAGUCGUGCCACAAGUACAGAGAUUGAUAGAUUUAAAGUAAAAAAGCAAAAUAUUUCUGCAUCAAGCCUGACAAAGCUUCUGGAGCAGCGUCAGAGAGCCAGGUUCCUUCGUCUUGUGCGCCCACCAGCUGCUGCAGAGCUGAGGCGUGCUCGAGGACAAAGAAGACGAGAGGCAUUUGUUCAUAAAACCAUCAGGGAUUUGUGUGUCCUUGUUGCUAUGCUCCUCUUGAUGUUGUGCAUUUCCAGUGGCAGCUCAUUUAACUACCAUUACCGUCUCAAUAAAGCUGUCAGACAACGCUUUACAUGUGAUGGAUUCAUGUCCAUCCAGACGAAUGAAGACUGGUGGAGGUGGACGCAGAGCAUUUUGCUGAACUUGCUCUACACGAAUGCUGCCACGAAGGCUGAUUUCAUCCCACAAUCACACAUGAUCGGUGAGCCCAUUGUGUGGAAGAAAGAGAUCUGCAGGUCAAAUCAAUGCAGUGAGAGAGUGUCCACUUCCUCAUUGUAUUGCGGUGCUGUAGUCGGACUUGGCAAGACUAAGUAUGACGCCACGGACAGACUGAAGGCCUUACGGUCUCAUGGCGACGUGGCCCUGAAGCUCCAGUUCACCUUGUAUAGUCCCGUGCCUGACCUGUUCACUACUGUGACCCUUCUUGCUGAGAAGAACCCCAUUGGCUCCCUGCUGCCAUCUGUUGAAGUCCACUCAGUCAAAGUGUACAACACACCUUCUGUCUGGGAUUAUGUCACUGCUUUCUGCCAGGUACUAUUCCUCUGCUUGUCUCUGAUGCAUCUAUGUUUUCAAGUCUGCACUGCAUGGCAGCAAGGCAUGAUGGGAUACUGCACAGCACCAUGCAACUGGCUGGAUAUGACACUCCAGAUUGUGGUUUUCGUGUACUAUUAUCUUGUCAUUGACCGCUCUGUGGCGGUCAUGGACGUGGUGGAGCUUCUCCAGAGGAACAGCAGCAAAGCACAUGUGGAUGUUCGGCCCCUGGCAGUGAGAGCACAAUACAUUCGCUCCCUGCUGGGUGUUGUAGUCUUCCUUCUCACACUGAAGUGUGCCACCAUGGUGAGGCUGAACAGUCGGUCUGCGGCUGUCUCUUUCUGGACACUCCCUAACUUCUUCUUGCCUACGAUGUCAUGUUUUAUCCUGCUAGUGGUUGCAUGCUCCUUCCACAGCAGGGACUACAGGUUCAUUGGUGGUCUCCUCUGUUCUGGACCUUUUGUCAACUACCGAGCCCUGUGGCUGAUUUCCACUGCAGUGAUGAUGGCUGUCUCAUCAGGCAGUAAAAGGUGUCAAAGUCGGGCGGAAGCAUGCACCUUGGCUGAAUUAAGCGACUACAUCAGACGUAGGGUUUGUGGGAGAGAGGCAAUGUCUUCUGAGGAGAGCAAAACGUACUACCUGGAGGAGUGCGAAGGUUUAGUGGAUGAGCUGUUGCUCAAACUCAACAACCUGCACUGCACACUCCCCGCUAUAGUCCAUCAGCAGACCCCCAACAUGGACUCACAGGAUGGACAAGAAGAGUGUCAGUCAGUCGUGAGCGAUGAUCUGGAAAGACCAACAAGCCAAUCAAGCAGGACAGGAGAUGCAAAUAAAACAACCACUCAGGAUACACAUGACAUUCUGGUGGAGGUUCUGGUCCACAAAGAGCAUUUGUAAGCAUUGCUGGAGAUGCACAUUUGAUAAUAGGGUUGACAAAGUACAACUCCAGAAUAUAACAUGGUUGGGACCGUAACACACUGCAAAACCCCCUGUUGUACUGGUUUAAAUCAAUAUUUUGUACAGUAUUAGCAAUUCUGAAUGAAUAAAUGUCACUUCAAAACAUUUGUAUUAUGACAUUUGUUGUAUUUAGUAUUGCUUUUCAAUCACUAAUA